UAGUAGUCGCCGUCGUCGUCGUAGUAGCUUACCUGCCGCGGUCGUCGUCGUCGUCUUCUGCGUGCGUACCAUCGCCGGCCGGCCGACGUGUCCGUGUGAGACAUCUGUGCUCCAGUGGUGCAGUCAUCGUGGGUACGCGCACGUGCACAGAACGCAUACAUAAUAAAUAUAUUAUUAUAACAGCGAUAGUAAUUUAUGUGUAUAUGUUAUAUUUAUAAACAGUCGAGUUGGGCGCGCGUUCGAUCGGUCUACAUUAUUCUAUACUGUAUGUACGCGCGUUUUUCUAUAAAAGUAUUUUCCUGUCGUCGCGAAGUUAGACAUAUUGGUUUUAAAAUUCGCCCGUGAAUUAUCGUCGUGCUUUCCAACAUCUGAAAAUGCGUCUCGCCGAUCCGAGCCCCGAAAAUCCCACCGCGGUAUAACGGUGGCGGCGGCGAUGUACCACCUGCCGGAGCAGCAUCACCACCGACAUGUUCCACCGUCGCAGUGCCGUCACUUGACGACCACCGGCCCUCGGCGGACACGGGUCGCACUUGAACCACCACCGCUUCCGCCACCGCCGUCGUCGAUACAAACAUCUAUUGGAGUCGUCUGUUUUCGUGAACGUGCCACGACAUAAUAUCAUACGACAUACGACGACACACCUAUAUAUAAACAUAUAUAAUCUUUACAACAUGGACGUGUUCAAGCUCGAUCAGUCGUUAGCGGCGGGGCUGGGAGGCGCACCGUCCGCCGAUAAGCUGACGGCCGACGUCUCGUUUGGCGCCGGCACCACGGAGGAGUUCAACCUGAGCUUUUUCGAUGACACGACCACAGACACGGCCGGCUCGGAGAGCCACGACCCGCCAGCCCAGGGAUUCGGCGACGAGCCCUGCACCUCCGUGGCCAUGGACACGACCACGUCCACUCCCGCGGCCGCUUUCCGCGACGUCCGCGUCCAAUCUCCGUGCACCAGUUCCACGUACCGGCAGCCCACCGCUUACGUUGGCCACGUGGCCACCUCUCAACCACCUCCCCCUCCGCCGACGGCUGCCGUCACCAACUCGACGCCAUCCUCGUCCACCACCGCACCAGAUCAACACUUUGCGGCAGCCGACUCGAACACUACGCCGGCCAAAUCGUUCGUACCGUGUCGUGUGUGUGGCGACAAAGCGUCUGGGUAUCAUUAUGGCGUCACGUCGUGCGAAGGAUGCAAGGGGUUCUUCAGACGGAGUAUACAAAAACAAAUCGAAUAUCGGUGUCUGAGGGACGGUAAAUGUUUGGUGAUCAGAUUAAACAGAAAUCGAUGUCAGUACUGCCGAUUCAAGAAAUGUCUGACGGUCGGCAUGUCCAGGGAUUCUGUUCGGUACGGGAGAGUGCCGAAGAGGUCUCGUGAGCAACUCGAGUCGGAGUCGAAGACCGUGUCGGCCGCGGAUUCGAUGGCGGCGGCCGUCCAGGUGACCACCACGACGGCGACCACGACGACAGUCGCUGCGAACGCGGCCGCAGCCGUGGCGGCCGCCGUGGCCAUAGGGAUCGGCGGCAGCGCACCGGCCACGGCUGAACCCAUCAUGACCGGCACCGGACCGGCCGCGGUAAUCGAGACCAACGGCGGCAGCGUGUCCAUAUCGUACGACGUGAUCGCGGCCAUAUCGCAGGCGCACCUGACCAACUGCGAUUACACGGACGAGCUGACCAGGACACUGCUCCGGAAACCAGUCGCCUCUCCUCCCGCUCAGGGAUGCUCCAGCCCAGAGGUGGCAUCGUCAACGGCGGACAGCGAGGAACAGCAAAAAAUAUGGCUGUGGCAACAAUUGGCAGCGCACAUCACGCCCACCGUGCAGAGGGUAGUGGAGUUCGCAAAAAGAGUGCCAGGUUUCAUAGACCUCAGCCAAGACGAUCAGCUGAUUCUCAUUAAAGUGGGAUUUUUCGAACUAUGGCUGUGCUACGUGUCCAGGUUGGCCACGGAUCUUUCGCUCACCUUCUACGACGGCACGUUCAUCACACGACAGCAACUGGAGCUCAUUUACGACGUGGACUUCGCCACAGACGUGUUCCAGUUGGUGACAUCUUUCAAUGGUUUAUCGCUGACGGACACCGAAGUUGGUCUAUUCGCCGCCAUCGUACUGCUCACGCCGGACAGGCCCGGCGUCUCGGACGUAAAAACCGUACAGCACAGUCAGGACCGGAUCGUUGAAGCUUUCAAGCUACAACUGAGCAAAGGUCACGGAGGAGAUAAGAAUUUGGCUCAAACGGUGUUGUCGAAACUGCCGGAACUGCGAACUAUUGGUGCCCGACACGUUUCGUACCUCGAGUGGUUCAGGUUAAAUUGGCACAUGCUAAAGUUGCCGCCGUUAUUCGCCGAAAUAUUCGACAUACCCAAGUGCGAAGAGGACUUGCAUCAAGGCUGAAUUAUUAUCUUUCUAUUUUAUUGUUACAGGUUUUUUUUUUAUACAUACUUAUAAAGUUUCGUUUUUUUUAUUUGAAACGAAUCGAAUACUUCCUAAACGAACAAAACGUGUUUACAAUCAAAAGCAGAAAAAAAAAUGUAUUAAUAAUAAUAAUAAUUUUUUAACAAUAUCUUCGUAACGAUAAUCUCUUGAAAUUUACGAUGAAUAUUGUUAACGCGCUUCAGCCGGCUCCUGUCGAAACAUGCUUGCGCCUCCCAAAUAUUCGUCCGGUCGGCGCGGAGUACAACACAUAACCAUUGACAUCAUGUCGAUCAAAGAUAUAAUAUAAUAUAUACCUAUAUAUUAUUAUACUACACUAUUGAGCAAUAAAAUACAAAAAAAAAAACACUAUAUCGUCUAAUAUUAGAAUAAUUCUAUGUAAAACGAAAUAAACAUUUUAUAAAUAUUAUAUAGAACAUAAUAUGUAUAAUAUAAUAAAAAAUUAUGACAUAGGGUACAUGUACAACGAAACAAUCUUGUAUGAUAAGUGUGUUCUUUUUUAGUUAUUGUAUAGUUAUAGAAAUUCAAUGACGAUCAAAAUUUCAUCUUACACAUAGUAACGAAUAAUAUACUCGUUCUCGUUUCUUGUUAGGAUUCUUGCAAUAACAUUAAUCAUUUUCAUAUCAUGCAUUUUUUUUUUUAAUCACAUACCUGAUGUGUUCAUGGCUUAGUGGAGUGCGGAUAUAAUAUCAUCAUUUUCAUAUAAUAGUAUUAUGAUGUAAUUGAUCUUAUUAAAUAAUAUUAUAUAUUUAAUAUGUAUGUAUACACAAACGCACACAUGUGUGUGUUUUGUGCAUCGUAAUAGAACUCCAUUUAUCUUUCUAUAUAUUACGUACCUACGAUGUAUUUGGCCUGAAAAUGUUUUUUUUUGUCUUUGUACUGUGUUCAUCAUUGACAAUCUUGAGUUCGUUUAAAAAGACAAAAAAAAAAUCUAAGCAAUAUUUUUAAUAUUUAAUUACUGUAUGGUAAAAAUAACUAAAAAUCAAUUUUUUUUUUAUGGAAAGUAAUUAUAUUAUUAUUAUUAUUAUUACUAUUAUAUUAUGAUUUGAUUUUCUUCGUACAUUUUCUCUUUUUUUAUAAUUUCACUAGUCAACUGAAGCAAUUUGGUCCAGUAACUGAGCAAACAAAAACGCUUUUAUGUGAUAUAUUUUUUUUAGUUGAAUUUUGUGUUAUUUUAUCUUUUUACAUUCCAUAGGUACUUUUUUAUAUUUUAUUUAUAGGCAAUAAGUUUUAAAAUUAUACUACAUUUUCGCAAUCUAUUUAUUAUAGCUCUUACGCUGUUGUUGUUAUUGUUGUUGUUAAUCAUUUUUUAUUAGUUUUUACAAGUUAACUAACAGUGUACAACCGUUGUGUAAUAUGAAAAGUGCAAUUUAAAUGGGAACCACUGUAUGGCCCGGGUUUUCUGUCAAUACUUCAGUUUCUCUUUUUCUCUACUUCUCAAUUUCUUACUAAUAAAUACAAAUACACAAACAUGUAUAACAAAUCAUAAAGGAUUAAAACACAUACACACACAGACACACACAAACACACUCACCCAAACAAACCCACACAUACACAUACACACACAAACAUACACUACAUACAUACCUUACAUGCCACACAUCACAUCAACACUUAUGUAUUCACAGGGUAGAUUAGUUAUUUCAAAUCGUUUAUGUUAAAGACAAAAUUACAAAAAUGUUUAGAACUCCUUUUUUUGGAUAAUAUUAUAUAUCAUAUCUUUAAGAUUUUUAGAGUAAUUUUUGAACACCAAGGUAGUAAAUCGAAUGUGUAUUAUAAGAAAAUAAUUUUAAAUUUAAAAUAAAAAUGUUAUGAGAGACAAUCACAGAUAUACUGAAAUGGACUCACCUUUACCUUUCGCAAUAAUUAGGAUAAUGUUAUAUAUUUUUUUUUAGCUCGUAAAAUUAUUCAACAUCGAACAAAAGCAAAUUAAUUGACUUUUGUUUUUGUUUAUGCUGUUUGUAUAAAGUUUUCUUAAUUCGUUAUAUUAUAGUCUAUAAUUUUCUUUCUACUAAUUUGUUUUGUUAUUAAUAAUUGCAUUUUAAUUAAUAUAAUAUACAAUUGUUAAACAUUUUUAGACAAAUUUUUAUUGUAUUUGUUUUAGAAAAUAGGUCAUGAUUUGAGUAGAUGUGAUCCUCUAUUUGUAUUUCAAUAUGAUUAAUUAGCAAAUGCUAUCGCUAAUAGAGAAAUGUUGUGCAUUAGAUAAAUGUCUUUUUUCUACUUUUUUAUUGAACGGAAUUCAGCUAGUGUUAUUUUGAGUAUUUAGCGUUAAUUAGUAUUUUUUAUGUAUACUAUAUAUAUAAAACCGAAAUAUUUACAUACAACAAUAACAUGUUUACCUCGUUUUUAAAAGUUAAAUUUAUAUAUUGACAUAUUGUAAUAAGUAGCUGAAAAUGUCGAUAAUCGGAAGAAACAGUAAAUACAAACUUAAAUCAUUAUUGUAAUAUAAAAAAAUACUUUAUGUAUGUCUGUAGCAUAUAGAUUAUUUGAUUAUUGUUUAGAUUGUUGUAUAAAAACACCACUUUUUAUUAGAUCUUAUUAUUAUUAUUUUUUAUUAAAUUUUAUUGUUUUGUUCUAAAAAUUUAAAGUUACAGCUCGAAUAGUUAAAUCUUGUCAAAAUAAUACGUAGGCGAGUAGUAGUGAUUCUGCGUAAAGCUUACAUAUUUUACUUACUAUUAUUUAUUGUAUAGUAUUUAAGUAUGAUAUUUUCUUAUGUUUUUUUUCGAGUUCGGUAUUUACCAUAUUAUUAAAUAAUAAAUUAUGUGUCGUUGAUGUUUAUAGGUAAAUAGACUAAUACUUAUUAUAAUUACUUUUAUAUAUUAUUAUAAAUGUAAUUUAUAAAUUAUUAUAAUAACAACGAAGUCGUAGCUAUAAAUAUUAUACUUUGACAAUGAAAUUGCGUAUAGGUUCGUAUUUAUUGUUUAUCAGUAUAUAUAUUAUUAUACACGUACCUAUGUACCUACGUAUUUUGCUUGUUAUACUGUAUUAUUAUGUUCGAUUUUUAUUAUUAUUUUUUUAUUGAUAUAUUUUAUUUAGAAUAGGAACCCAUUAGUACAGAAAAUAAACCGAUGAUCGAAAAACUUCUUAAAAAAA